CCAGGUCUCGUAGGGCAAAGCAAACACACACUCAAUCAUUUGCCGCUCUCCAAACAAAACACACACACAAAACUUUCAACUUUUGAUUUCAAAUCAGAAUCUUUUUCUCCGAUGAUGUGAAGAACCCUCAAAACCCACUGAAAAUCGACUACAAAUCACCUCAAAGAUGGCAUUAUUUGGGCUAAAUUUCUACUGCUUUGUCGGCAUUUGUUUGAUGCGUUGUGGGUUUUGUUCUGCUGCUGACCCGUUUGCACAUUUCGAUCUUGAGUUUUCUUAUGUGACUGCUUCUCCACUUGGUGUUCCUCAACAGGUUAUCGCUGUGAACAGAAAUUUUCCCGGGCCAACGCUAAAUGUUACAACCAAUUACAAUGUGGUUGUCAAUGUCAAGAACAACUUGGAUGAAAGCCUCCUUAUCACAUGGCCUGGAAUAGAGAUGAGACGAGGCUCGUGGCAAGACGGUGUGCUCGGCACCAAUUGUCCUAUUCCCGCACAUUGGAAUUGGACAUACCAGUUCCAAGUCAAAGAUCAAAUCGGUAGCUAUUAUUAUGUCCCGUCUAUCAAUUUUCAACGGGCUGCUGGUGGUUUUGGUGGGUUUAUAAUCACAAACCGUAAGGUUAUCUCACUUCCGUUUAAUACCCCUGAUGGCGAUAUUGUCAUUACCAUUGGCGAUUGGUAUACUCGUGAUCAUAAGGAUUUGAGAGCUUCACUUGAUGCUGGGAAGGAACUUGGUAUGCCAGAUGGCGUUCUUAUUAAUGGCAGGGGACCGUUUAAAUAUAAUUCUUCUGUGCCAGAUGGCAUCGAGCAUGAGACAAUUGAUGUUGAUCCAGGGAAAACUUAUCGAAUUCGUGUGAUCAAUGUUGGAGUAUCAACUUGUUUAAAUUUUAGGAUUCAGAGUCACAAUUUACUUCUAGCAGAAGCAGAGGGACAUUAUACAUCGCAACAAAAUUAUACGAGUUUGGAUAUUCAUGUUGGGCAAUCAUAUUCCUUUUUGGUAACGAUGGAUCAAAACGCAAGUAGCGACUACUACAUUGUUGCAAGUGCUAGAUUCGUAAACCAAUCAGAAUGGCAACGAGUUACAGGCGUCGCUAUUUUGCACUAUUCAAAUUCUAAAGGACGGGCUUCCGGUCCUCUUCCUGAUCCUCCAAAUGACGUAAACGACAAUUCGUUUGCUGUUAAUCAAGCUAUGUCCAUUAGGAUGAACAACACUGCAAGUGGAGCCCGCCCAAACCCGCAAGGCUCUUUUCGUUACGGUUCAAUUAACGUGACAGAUGUGUACGUGUUACGGAACGUUCCACCAAUCACAAUUGACGGGAAACUUCGGGCUACGUAUAAUGGAAUUUCAUUUGUGAAUCCCAAUACCCCCGUGGGACUUGCAGACAAUUAUAAACUCAAAGGAUCCUACAAACUUGAUUUCCCAAAUACGCCCAUGAACCGACCUCCUACAGUGGACAGAUCUCUUAUCAAUGCUACUUUCAAAGGGUUUGUAGAGAUCGUAUUGGAGAACAACGAUACUGUAGUUCAAAGCUUUCAUAUGGAUGGCUAUUCGUUUUUUGUCGUCGGGAUGGCGUAUGGAGAAUGGACGGAAAAUAGCAGGGGUUCUUAUAACCGUUGGGAUGCAAUAGCACGCUCCACUACUCAGGUUUUCCCUGGAGGAUGGACAGCAAUACUUGUUUAUCUCGAUAAUGUUGGAGUAUGGAAUCUUCGGACAGUAAAUCUUGACAGAUGGUAUUUAGGUCAAGAAACUUAUAUGAAAAUCAUUGAUCCUGAAGAUGAUGACCAGAAAGCCGAAGAUGCGCCACCUGAUAAUGUCUUGUUUUGCGGCGCUCUUGCCCACUUUCAGAAGCCACAAAGAUCCCCGUCAGCUGCUUUGAGCAUCCAAGAAUCAUUGAAGCUGAAGAUUGUGAUGUUGAUGGCAUUUGCAGUUAUCUACAUGAUGAUUUGAACAUCUUUCAGGAAUGGGAUUUAAAUGAAGUGUUGAAAGGAGGUUGCUUUUUGGGUAAUUAGUGUUUGUUUAGUUGGAGAAUUAAGUUGUGAGAACAGAUUACAUUCAUUGUUCUUGUUAGUGAAAGGUAUAGGGAUGGUUGGUUAAUCCUCUUUGUAUGCUAAAAGCAUCAAAGGCAUGAAGUUAAAGUCAUAUUUUGGCCUUAAGUAACCUAUCUAAUGCCAGUGGUUUUUUUUU